ACUUCUCCAAAGCUCCCUCCUUUCUCUUGUCUCUGCUCCUGACUCCGGCACCCAACACUAAGAUGGAAAUCGGAAGGCGACCGGCGAUGAAAUCCAGCAACGAUGAGCCCAUGACAAUGAAAGUCAAGUUUGUCGACGAUGAACCCGUCAAGGCUUCAGACGCCUUGCCUCUACCUCUUUACUUAACCAAUGCCGUGUUCUUCACCCUCUUCUUCUCCGUCGUCUACUUCCUGCUCACCAGCUGGCGUGAGAAGAUCCGGACUAAUACGCCUCUUCACAUCGUUAGUCUUGGAGAGAUUGUGGCUAUUCUUGCUUUUGUUGCUUCCUUCAUCUACCUCCUCGGUUUCUUCGGCAUCGAUUUUGUUCGGUCACUCAUUCUCCAGCCCAGUAAUGACAUCUGGGCUGCCGACGAUGAUGCGGAAGAGAUUAUUCUCAAGGAGGACGCUCGCAAAGUCCCUUGCGGUGAGGCCCUUGAUUGCUCAAUUCCCAAAAUGGCUCAUAUUGCUUCACCAAUAGUAGCCCAGAAGAAGGUGUUUGAUGAAAAGCCAGCGACGGAGGUGCUACCGCCGACUGCAGAGGAUGAGGAGAUCAUCAAGGCUGUCGUUUCCGGAGCCUUUCCUUCGUACUCAUUGGAAUCAAGGCUCGGAGAUUGCAAGAGGGCAGCUUCUAUUAGGCGCGAGGCUCUGCAGAGAGUUACAGGCAAGUCUCUUGAGGGUUUGCCUUUGGAGGGAUUUGAUUACGAGUCGAUCUUGGGGCAAUGCUGUGAGAUGCCAGUUGGGUAUAUCACCAUUCCUGUUGGGAUUGCUGGGCCUAUUAUGCUUGAUGGAAGAGAAUUCUCUGUCCCCAUGGCCACCACUGAAGGCUGCUUGGUGGCGAGUACUAACCGUGGCUGCAAAGCUAUCAACUUGUCCGGUGGAGCUACCAGUGUGCUUUUGAAAGAUGGAAUGACCAGGGCACCUGUUGUGAGAUUCAACUCGGCUAAGAGAGCUGCUGAGUUGAAGUUCUUCAUGGAAGAUCCUGCCAAUUAUGAAACUAUCUCCAUUGUUUUCAACAAAUCGAGCAGAUUUGGUAGACUUCAGACAGUCAAGUGUGCAGUUGCUGGGAAGAACCUUUACAUGAGAUUCUGCUGCAGCACUGGUGAUGCUAUGGGGAUGAACAUGGUCUCUAAAGGUGUGCAAAACGUCCUCGAUUUCCUCCAGAAUGACUUUCCUGACAUGGAUGUCAUUGGCAUUUCCGGUAACUACUGCUCGGACAAGAAGCCUGCUGCUGUGAACUGGAUUGAAGGCCGUGGCAAAUCUGUUGUGUGUGAGGCUGUGAUCAAGGGAGACAUAGUGACAAAGGUGUUGAAAACCAAUGUGGCGGCCUUGGUGGAACUUAACAUGCUCAAGAACCUCACUGGUUCCGCCAUGGCUGGUGCUCUUGGUGGUUUCAAUGCGCAUGCUAGUAAUAUUGUUUCAGCUGUCUAUCUAGCUACUGGUCAAGACCCGGCUCAAAACAUUGAGAGUUCUCAUUGCAUCACCAUGAUGGAAGCCAUAAAUGACGGAAAGGAUCUUCACGUCUCAGUGACCAUGCCUUCAAUUGAGGUCGGCACCGUAGGAGGAGGAACACAACUUGCAUCUCAGUCUGCUUGUUUGAAUUUGCUUGGAGUGAAGGGUGCUAACAGAGAAGCUCCAGGAGCAAACGCAAGGCAAUUGGCCAGUGUUGUAGCUGGUUCUGUUCUUGCUGGAGAGCUUUCUCUCAUGUCAGCUAUUGCAGCUGGACAACUGGUUAAGAGCCACAUGAAGUACAAUAGAUCAAACAAAGAUGUUACAUCUGUUACUUCUGCUUAAGAGCUAGAAGAACAUUAUUCUUCAAGAUUCUUUUGUAAACUAUUCAUUUGUAAAUCUUCGAUCAGAAAUAUAAUCAAUUAAUCAUUCAAUGUCAUUUGAGCAUAUUGGUAC